CACGUGUUUAGCAGUGUUUAGAAAGAUUGAGAGGGAUGUGACGAAGCGAUGCUUCACAAUCUUUCUUUCAAGUAAAGAUAGAUCAAGAUAAAAUCGAUCCGCGAGAUUUUGGCGACGAUCAGUCACGAUGGUGCGAAAAUUGAAGUAUCAUGAGCAGAAGUUGCUGAAGAAAGUAGAUUUCUUAUCAUGGCAAGCAGACAACAACCUUCAUGAGGUUAAGAUUUUAAAGCGUUAUUGCAUUCAGAGAAGAUCGGAUUAUACAGUAUAUAACAAACUGUCACGUGAGAUACGGGAAUUGGGUAAGAAGAUUAAGGAAGUCGAGCCUGAUCAUCCUUUUCGCAUUGAGCAAAGCGCUAUGUUGCUGGAGAAGUUAUACAUGAUGGGCCUGAUCUCUACAAAAUGGGAUUUGUCUCAAACCCAGAAAGUAACUGCCAGUUGUUUCUGCAGACGAAGACUUCCAGUUGUUAUGGUACGCAACAAGAUGAGUCAGACAAUACCAAUGGCAACGAAAUUAAUAGAACAAGGUCAUGUCCGAGUUGGGGUAGAAGUUAUAAAAGAUCCCGCAUUUCUGGUAACGAGAAAUUUGGAAGAUUUUGUAACAUGGGUGGACACUUCUGCUAUCAAGAGACACGUACUAGAAUAUAAUAAUGAGAGGGAUGAUUUUGAUAUGGUGUGAAGCUACUGUGAAUCUUUAAUAUGAUUUAUAUGAAUGUUCUUUGAAGGGGAUCUUUGUGGAAUAAAAAAAAAUACGCAUAAAUUCGUUGUAAUGAGAUAAAAUUUAUUAAAAGUCGAAUUAGUCGUCAUCACUUUAGAUUGUACGAGUCGCUUGAACAUGAUAAUUGCAAUAACCAAGGAAGAUCCUGCUACUUUGGUUUAGCAUAAAUGCGACGCAUCUUUCUGAUUUAUUCAGAAAAUGAUAUAGAAAUAUUUGUAUAUUAGUAUAAAUGAUAUUAAGAAAAUACCAGUAUUUUCCAAUUUUAUACAAUAACUAAAAUAUAAAAGCUGAUCAAUGUAAGAAGCUGAGAAUAUAUCAAACAAUAAAAUGUAAGUGAUAUUA